CAUGACCUGAGCCGAGAUCUAGAGUCGGAUGCUUAACCGACUGAGCCACCCAGGCGCCCCAGAUCCCAGUUUAAACUGCGACUUUGAAGGCAGAGCUCCCGCCUCUCUUGCCUCCCACCGGCUUCUUUUGCUGCCACGCCAAGCGCUCGCUCCCGGUCCUUCAGAUUGGCAUUUUCUGCCUCCGUCCCUUGCCAGAGUGCCCAGCCGAAUCCUACCAGUAGGUGGUGAAUGAGAAUUGUCCUUGAAGUUGGAAAGCCUGUUUAAAAAAAAAAAAAGUCCCUCGGACCUUAGUCGUGUGUCGGCUGUGUGCAAGGCAGCGUGCCGCUUAGACCGUGCAGUGUUACGUUUCUGUCGCCACGCAUGCAGUCGACAGAAACCUAAACAUUUUUUGCCCUUUCUCCUCAAGAGGCACGGGGAUUAGGUUAAAUGUGAAGAGAUAACUUGGCUUUUUGUGGACUGUUCUGGAGCUUAACCACUCCUUGCCCGGCUUCUUUGGAGAAAUGCUUCUCAAGUUCUAAAUAGCUGACUUCCUAAUGAACUUUGGAAUACCUUCGGGGACCGUUUAUGUUGCCUUUCGUAGUCGCCUGUUUUGAUGCUGUUCCAUGGGACGAUGACUUCUCUCUCUCAAAGAUUUGAGCCGUAUGAGUGUAGACAUCCUUUCUUAACACAUUUGCCACCAGCACCUGGGAUGGCCCUGAUUCCAGAUAGUGUUUUGAACACCGAGCACCUUGUUUCAAAAGUGUGUUGCUUUGCUGUGUCUGUGAAAAUACCACAAACUUAUUGUAAAAAUACUUGGGGAUUUCAGAAGAAGAAGAAAACAAAUCCUGUAAUGCCGUUGCUCAAAGGCGACUACUGCUGCUAACAUUUAUUUGGUGUACUUUGGGCAUUUUUUUUUUUUUUUUUGGUACGAAUAAGAAUUUGUAUUUCAAGACCACUGUGGGAUUGUGAACAAAUGCCUAUUUAUCUGGACGGCGUUUCAGACCCUGUUUCUUUUUUUGGAAGAAGACCCGGGUGAACCCAGCACUCCUCUGUUCUGGUUGGGAUUGUGUGGUCCUGCCGUACUCCACGUUUGCAGGAGGCAGAGAAUGGAGAGAAAUUCCUUUAGAAAAGUGUCCUGUCAGCCACAGAUGGAGCAGAAAUACUACUAUGUCUGUUGUGUGUCUGAGGUGUUCUUCUCUGUUCCUUUGGACACCACCUAGAGAGAUCUGGAGUGUUCUGUUUGCCCUGGAGAUGUCCACUGGGGACAAACGUGGAGUCCGUUUCUUCACUUCUCACUGAUUUUGGCUCUUAAUAAUUACCCCUUCUUCUUCUAAACCAGAGAAGACAGAUUAAAUUUCUAACAGUAAGGCACAAAACCAAUCCAUUUACAGAAUUAGUCUUACAUUAGCACAUAGGAGUACAAAUCAGCCUCCCCUGGGAUGGAUCUGUUUGCAAUUUCUUUUAGCAUUUUUGGAGGAAGUCCAGUAGACUUUGGGAAAAUCUACUGUUCACUGACUUUGAAUUAACAAAGUAACAUGAGCCCUUUGUGGGGUUUGUGUGGGUUUUCUUUUCUUUUCUUUUUCUUUUUCUUUUUCUUUUUUUUUUUUUGCUUGAGUGGAAAAGGAUUGUUUUUAAUCCACCUAUGAUUUAGGGUUGUGGUUUUCAACUUCUAGUGUGCAUGAGGAUCCCUGAGGAAGAGCUACUCGAGCCUCACCCCUGGAAAUUUGGAGUAAUAGGCAAUUUGGGGCAUUUUUUUUUUUAACUCUACAGAUGGUCUUGAUAUGUAAUACAGGACAAGAGUCACCUUAGUGGUAAAGAAUCAAUAUUUGAGCCAUAAAGAGUUAAAAGCCCAGUUGUGUUUUAUCCACAUGAUGUUUUUCCUCAAAUUCGAAACCAUGUUAAUACAUCAAUAUAUUAGUUUUCUGUAGCAUUAUUGGCCAUUGUCAUGUUGCUUGGGCUAUAAAAUUAAUGGGAAGUGAUUCUCUCUAAACAUUGUAGUCCUGUGGCCCUUUUUGUAAUGUGACCAGUUUUCCACGUUAAUAUUUCUUCAUUCUUGGGAUAUCUCUGUUUCUGAAAUGUCAACUUGUCCCUUUCCAUGUUUGAAAGUUCAUAUAGAUACAAAAUUGGUUCAUGUGGCCUAUAACUUUUCAGAUGGCUGUGUGUUUCAGAAAGGCCUAGGUGGAAAUCUCCUAGCAUCCUUUAUAUUAUAAGGUAUUUCUCUGCAUACUGGUAGCAAAUGGUGUUUUUUUACUUCUGUUUCUAAACUGUGGGAAGUGCCAGAUGGGAGUGCUUAAGUCCUGGUAGGUUGUGUGUAGUUAGUGGGCUAGUACCUCUGUCCAGGAUGUGGCUCCACAUCCUUGUCAAAUCCUGGAUUCCUAGAAGAGAAUUGCAUUUUCAACCACAGGGUCAAACAUGCUUCUAACUCUCAAUCUUUGGUAAGGUGUUUCCCAAGUGAUGGGUUACUAAUAACAAAGCGACAGUUAUGAGUGACUUAUUUAACCUUGAAUCCACUCUGGAUUGUUUUGUCUUUUGGGUGUCAUAAUGUCCCUAUAACUUCAUUCCACUUCCUCGAGUGGAGGAAAGGGAAGUGGGUUAGCUAGGCUCCUGUCUCCACAGUUGUGCAGCAGAGCCUUUGGGAAUGUGCUCAGUACAGGACUGUCCUGGAUCACAUCUGCUGCUUUGGGAAAACAGGUUGGAUUUUUCGCGAAACAGAUUCUGGGUUGGAGAUCUGCGGGCAGGCAGUUGAGCAGGUUGGCCUUUCCCAGAAGUCCCGAACUGAGGCAAGGGGGCCAAGCAUUUGUCCCUAGGUAUUGACUGGUCACUGGAUGUGGGCUCCAGGAGGGGAUGUAGCCUUGGACAAGACAGCUUGUUUGACCAAGGGCGGUGCCUAGGAAGGGACUCUGCUGUCAGGCUGAGCCAGUGAGCCAUGAGCAGGAAGCAUUGUGCCCAUCUGGGGGAAUGGGUGUUAGGGACCCACAGGUAGAGUCUGAGUGACCCCUGCAGCAUCCACUACACGGACUGGUGAUAAAAAUAUCUUGCCAAAAAGAUUCCAAGUGUGCAGCCUGAAACUUCAGCCUUCGAUCUCCUGACCUUGUGGGUCUCCGUAGGUCUUGAGAGGUGGACCUUCCUUUAGCACAUCGGUUUCUUUCCUUCCCUGCCAUUCCCCAACCAGUGGUAGCAACAGGGAGGGUUGUUCACAUGAGUCUGGAAUCUGAUCUGUUGAGGGUUGACAGUCAUUUUGGAGUUUAGACGUUGUAAUUCUCGGGGCACAGUGAUUUUUAAGAAGUGUGGCUUUGUAAUGUUUGUGUUUACAUAAUUAUAAUUCAUUGCUGUGAAGUUCACUUCUCAAGACGCAUCAUCACUGGUACAUUAACAGUGAGACCAGCAUGGCAUCUCAGCUAAUUUGUUGGCGUGAGGGACAUUACACCCCUGACUGGUCAUCUGCUCUCGCUGGUGGCUACACUGUUGUCUUCCACUGUGCACUAAAGCAAAUCCUUCUUUGGUUAUUACUGUGGUGUAACCUUUUAAAAUUGGUGAUUCUCUUGGAAAGUUUCUCUGGAAAAAGACCUGUUGUAUGGACACUCCCAUCGUUCAGACUCCCGAAUACUUCAUGUCCACGUGCCUUCCCCUCUCCACUGUUGCCAGCUGUCCUUUGCUUCUGGUAGGACAGGGGAAGACCGCUUUUCUGUGUAAACAGCACGUAGAGGAGCCCCAUGGAAUGUGGACCUAAUCGGCCAAUACUUGUUGAAGGGGAAGAAGAGAGCUGGGCUGCCACUCCAGGAAGGAAGAUGGCAGUAUUAAUCAGAAUGAGAUGGAUGACGUGCCCUUCUUUGACAUCCAGCUGCCUUACGAGCUGGCAAUCAACAUAUUUCAGUAUCUGGACAGGAAAGACCUGGGAAGGUGUGCACAGGUGAGCAAGACGUGGAAGGUGAUUGCCGAAGACGAAGUGCUUUGGUACCGGCUGUGCCGGCAGGAAGGGCACCUUCCCGAGAGCAGCAUCUCUGAUUACUCGUGCUGGAAGCUCAUCUUCCAAGAGUGCCGAGCCAAGGAACACAUGUUAAGAACCAACUGGAAGAAUCGCAAAGGUGCCGUGAGCGAACUGGAGCACGUUCCCGAUGCGGUUUUGUGUGACGUGCAUUCCCAUGACGGCGUUGUCAUUGCCGGAUAUACAUCAGGGGACGUAAGGGUGUGGGACACCCGCACCUGGGACUACACAGCCCCUUUCCUGGACUCAGAGUAUGAGGAGGACGAGCCUGGAAUGCAGCCAUAUGUCUCCUUUGUGAGGAUAAACAGCUCGCUGGCGGUAGCGGCUUAUGAGGAUGGGUUUCUUAAUAUCUGGGAUCUAAGGACCGGAAAGUAUCCCAUCCAUCGUUUUGAGCAUGACGCAAGAAUACAGGCACUAGCCCUCAGCCAGGAAGAUGCAACGGUUGCCACAGCUUCCGCUUUUGAUGUUGUAAUGUUGCGCCCCAACGACGAGGGCUACUGGCAAAUCGCGGCAGAGUUCGAAGUUCAGAAACUGGUUGACUACCUUGAAAUCGUUCCAGAUACCGGAAGGUAUCCUGUGGCAGUGGCCACAGCUGGAGAUCUGGUAUACCUGCUGAAAGCUGAAGACUCUGCCAGAACCCUCCAUUACGUCUAUGGCCAGCCGGUCACGUGUCUGGAUGUCUCAGCCAACCAGGCUGCUUUUGGUGUGAAGAGUCUGGGAUGGGUAUACGAAGGAAACAAGAUCCUGGUGUACAGCCUGGAGGCAGAGCGCUGCCUCUCGAAGCUGGGUAACGCGCUCGGGGAUUUCACUUGCGUCAACCUCAGAGACAGCCCUCCCAACCUCAUGGUCAGUGGCAACAUGGACAGGAGGGUGAGGAUCCAUGACUUCCGCACUGACAAAAUCGCCCUGUCGCUCUCCGCCCACCAACUGGGCGUCUCUGCAGUGCAGAUGGACGACUGGAAAAUCGUCAGUGGAGGCGAAGAAGGCCUGGUCUCGGUGUGGGACUAUCGGAUGAACCAGAAGCUGUGGGAGGUGCAUUCCAGGCACCCCGUCCGCCACCUGUCCUUCAACAGCCACAGCCUCAUCACGGCCAACGUGCCCUACGAGAGGGUGGUGCGCAACACUGACCUGGACUUCACGGCCCACAGGAGGCACCGCGGGCUGAUCCACGCCUACGAGUUCGCGGUGGACCGGCUGGCCUUGCAGAGCACGCUGCCCGUCUGCCGUUCGUCCGCGGACCCCACGGCCGGCCACGGCUAUGCCCUCGCGCUCGCCUUCCCCCAGGACCGGAGUUAGGCGCGAGCCUCCCUGCGGAGUGGGAAGAACCAUGCCUGCCGGAUUUGGAAACUGCCGGGGGAAGAACACGACCCCCGGGUGCACUCGUCUGACCCCUACUUGCCUCGGCUGCCUUUGCCUUCCUCCGCUGCCUGUUCGUUUUUCUGUAGCUGCCUGUGGAAAGCGGGAGCCUGUCACGGCUUGUCUCGUCUGUUUUCUGGGUGCUCUGGUCCUCUUCUGGGGCUUUCUUACCACUCACACUGCACCUCCUCCCCCCACCCCUCCACGUCCACCCUGACCCCAUCCGGGCCCCUCUGUCCGGAUACCGUGUGGACCUCCCCCCACGUCUUUACAGUCCAGGGCCCUGCUCACCUGCUGCCGCCAUCGUUCCGGUCUUCAAGCCCUUUCUCCAGGGGCAGGGGGAGGGGAGGUGCCUGAGCUGACACGGCCCCACCUCCCCUGGACCCGAGAGCACAUACUCACUCGGGCUGGUCUGUGAUGCCACCACCCGGUGUAGACUUGGGAUCACAGGCCUGUUUCCUCCUAGUUCUUAACCAUGAUUCAUAAUUAUAUAUUUAUACAAUUGCAUUAA